AUGAGAACUUCAUGGCUAGUAGUGUUCUUCGUAGCUUUGGCACUGCAGAUCUUGUGGAGCUCGAGAGUGAGUGGAUUCUAUGGCGAUAGCGCUGCGAUUGAGUCUGUCAGUCGCCGUGGAGCUCAUGUUGGAAUUGUCGUUCCAAACAUGUACGAGUUUACACCUCUGCUCGAACAAGGAAGAUUUGUUGCUGAUGCCACGAUUCCCUUCAUCGAUAUUGGAGGAAGAAGGUUUCAUAUCGGAACAAUCCAUGGAAAGCGUUCCAUUGUCGUCAUCUCUGGUCUUUCCAUGCUCAAUGCCGGGAUCACGACGCAACAGCUGCUUGACCACUUCCGGAUCGACGUUGUCCUUCAUUACGGCAUCGCAGGAAGCUCCAAUCCUUCGCUUCACAUCGCGGACGUGAGCAUCGCUUCUUCGUGGAUUCACACCGGCCUGUGGUACUGGCAGCGGUAUGGUCAAGGUCCCAAUGACGAACUUUCUCUGGAGCAAAAUGGAGACUACACUCGUUUGCUUGGCAAUCUCCACUUUGGAUCAUACAAUGAUCCCUCAAAUGAAAAUUCCGACAACAAGCUGGGACACAUCUAUUUCCAGCCCGAGGAAGUUUUUCCCAUCACUGGCACACCAGAAGUUAGACAACACGCAUUCAAAGUUCCAGUCUCAAGAACACUCUAUGAAACCGCGCAAAGAGAGCUGAUGAACUUGGAGCUCAAAGCAUGCCUCAACUCCAGUUCGUGCUUGAGCUCCGAGCCCAAAGUUCUCUUCGGUCUCACCGGAUCCAGCGCAAACGUUUUCCUUGACAACGCUGCUUACCGCACUCUUCUCUACGACAAGUUUGGAAUCUCGAGCGUGGACAUGGAGUCCGCCGCAGUGGCUCUGACUUGCUACGCGCAAGGCAAACCUUUCAUCAUCUUUCGCUCCAUCUCCGACCUCGCUGGAGGCUCGGAUCACUCCAACGAGGCGAUCCAAUUCAUCGACGUCGCGGCCGAGAACGCGGUGAUUGCUGUCGUGGAAUUCAUCCGAUCAUCCCACGCGACGUUUUAAGCCAAGCUUGUAAUCGUUUGAAACAGUGAUGAAGUUAUAUGGUCAUGGGAAGAGCUCGUAGUAUCAUAGAGUUUGUGAUCUUCGGUUCUUGACCCCGACAAUGUAAGCGUUCCAGGCGUCACACUGGUUG